AUGUCCUUCCUGAGGAAUUUCUUUGGCACUAGCACCACGCCUGACACGCCCAAGGACGAGAAAACUCCCGUCCGGGCCUUGCCCGCUUCCUGGUAUACCUCCCAGGACAUGUACGAGCUUGAGCGCCGAGCAAUCUUCUCUCGUAAAUGGCUCCUCACCACACACAAGCACCGUGUUGCCAACCCAGGUGACUCAGUUCGAUACGACGCCGCCGGCUUCGAGUUCAUCAUCCUCAAGGAUCACCAGGGAACCAUCAGUGCCGUCCUCGCUGAUGACCUCGCCCCUGUACACCUGCACAUCGACCGAAAUGGCUUCGUCUGGGUAAACAUGGAUUCAUCCGAGACACCCGAAGUAGCAUGGAAAGACGACUUCGAUGGUGUGGACGAGCAGCCCCGAUACGCCCACUACAAUUUUGAGAAUUACAGAUUCGACCACUCAUGGGAUAUGGAGGGCGAAUUCAACUGGAAGAUUCUGGCAGAUAACUACAAUGAGUGCUAUCACUGUCUAGUCGCUCACCCGGAUAUACCCACUAUCGCCGAUCUGAACUCAUACUAUGUCAAGACGAAGGACGGACAUAUUCAGCACUAUGGUGCUGCACGUGAAGAUCAAAUCGAGAAGGGCUUCCGGAUAGCUACUACGUACUUUUGGCCGAACGCUUCUUUCAACAUCAGCCCCAACUUCUUCUUCAUGCAGCGCUUUACUCCGUCCAGUCCUACUAAGUGUGUCAUGCGGUACGAGGUCUACCGCCACAAGGACGCUACCGAUGAGGCAUUUAGCCUGAUCAGUGAUAUGUACAAGCGCAUCAUGUCAGAAGACAAAUACCUCUGCAUCCUCUCACAGAAAAAUUUGAAUGCCGGCGUCUUUGUCAACGGCGAGCUGCACCCUGAGAUGGAGGCCGGUCCACUUCACUUCCAGAAGACUGUGCGCGAGGUCGUAACGGAACAUCAUAAGAAGGAGAGAGAAGCUGGUCACGAGAUCUGGCCUGCUGCUGAGCGAUACCGGAAAUCGGUUACCAGUCGAGAUGAUACGCCCGUUCAGUCGGCUCUUGGUAGCUGGGCUGUGGAGAAGAAUGAGAUGCAAGACUCUUUGCAAGGAAAUUUUGCCCCAGCAAUCGCGGUUUAG